AUGACAAUACCAUCCGAAUCUGCGGAGGUUGAGCACUUACUCAAACUCAAUGGUGCAAAGGAGAGGUUGCACCUCUUCAAGGCAGAUCUUCUAGAAGAAGGUUCUUUUGACUCUGCCAUUGAGGGAUGUGAUGGUGUCUUUCACACAGCUUUGCCUGUUUUACUUCAUGUUGUUAAAGAUCCAGAGGCUGAAUUGAUUGAUCCAGCAGUGAAGGGAACUGUGAAUGUACUUGGAGCAUGCGCAAAAUCACCAUCUGUGAAACGAGUUGUCUUAACAUCUUCUAUUUGCGCAGUUGCAUUCUCUUCCAGGCCUAAAACUCCUGAAGUAGUAGUUGAUGAGACCUGGUUCUCAGAUCCUCAAUUCUCCCACCAAUUGAAGACAUGGCAGUGGUAUGCAAUUUCAAAGACUUUGGCUGAGGAAGCUGCGUGGAAGUUUGCAGAGAAGAACGGCGUUGACAUGGUUGUUAUCAACCCAGUGCUGGUGGCAGGACCUCUCUUGCAACCAGAAGUUAAUGCAAGUGUUGAGCCAAUCCUCAAUCUAAUCAAUGGGAAAAAUUUUCCAAAUAGUUCUUUUGGAUGGGUCAAUGUAAAAGAUGUUGCAGAGGCACACAUUAAGGCAUAUGAGAUUGCUUCAGCUAGUGGAAGAUAUUGUUUGUCUGAAAGAGUGGUUCACUACUCUGAACUUGCUAGGAUUUUAAAUUCUCUCUACCCAACGUUACAAAUUACUACUGAGUGCGAGGAUGAUGGGCACUAUGUGCCAACAUAUCAGAUUUCUAAAGAGAAGGCAAAGAGUUUGGGAAUUGAAUUCCAACCCUUGGAAGUAAGCCUCAAAGAAACUGUUGAAAGCUUUAAAGAGAAGAACAUUGUCAAUUUCUAAUCCAUGGCUUUGUAAUAAGGUCAACCAUGUCCGGUUGGUGACCAUAUAUCAUUAGAAACUCCAUGAAUGAGAAGGAAUAAGUACCUU